AUGUCUGACGGACCUUCUGAUGGUGCGGGGAAGCGAGGCUUCAAAGAGAGAUUGUUUCACCCAUUCAACCAUAGGGCCAGCGAGAAGAUCGAGGAGAUCCAGAGUAAGCUUGCGAGCACCAAGCUUGAGAAGCCCAUGAUCAAAGUGGUGCAUGCCAAGCACAAGGCCGGAAAGUUCACCAACAUCUUCAACACCAACCAUCGCCAUGACGAGGACCACGAGAAGGCAACCGAUGCUAAGCGAAGUCGCAUUGCUGAAAACCAUCGCUUCAAUUCGUUUGCCCCGGAGAGAGAAGGCAACCUGGUGAAGUGGUAUGUCGAUGGAAGAGACUACUUCUGGGCCGUCGCAGAGGCAUUGGAGCAAGCGAAGGAGACCAUCUACAUUGCCGACUGGUGGCUCUCCCCUGAACUGGUGACUGCGGCUUUGACAUGCAACAGUCAACACACCAAGAAGGCAAUGAUGGGUAUGUUCAAAGAGGGAGAACCGGGCUACGGCAAUAUCAAGGUCAUGAGACAUCCGGACCACAACGUUUUUGAGAACGCUGGAGACAUGACGUUUUACUGGGCGCAUCACGAAAAGUUCAUUGUCAUUGACUACGCCAUGGCCUUCAUCGGCGGUCUUGAUCUUUGCUAUGGUCGCUGGGACGAGAAACAACAUCCGCUUGCAGAUGUGCAUCCUUCAGGAGUGCAAAACAACAUCUUCCCAGGUCAGGACUUCAACAACAACCGCAUCCUCGACUUCGACGGCGUGGAUGACUGGAAAUCCAACAAGCUCGACAAACUGCAAUAUGGUCGUAUGCCCUGGCAUGACGUUGCAAUGGGUUUGAUUGGUCCAUCGGUUUAUGACAUCGCGGAACAUUUUGUCCUUCGCUGGAACUUCAUGAAGCGCGACAAGUACAAGCGCGACGAGCGAUACGAGUGGCUGACUUUGGAGGGUCGCGAAGGUGAUGACGAGGAUCUUGUCGGAGUGCAGCGCCCCAAAUACCCUGUUGGCGGAUACAUACAUCACCCGAAGUCACCGCUGAGUACCAAGAACCUCGAUAACCGUGGAACAGUACAUGCACAACUCGUCAGAAGUAGCGCUGAUUGGAGCAUGGGUAUCGAGCCGCAUGAGCAGAGCAUCCAGAACGCCUACUGCGAACUUAUUCGGAACGCCGAACAUUUCGUGUAUAUCGAGAACCAAUUCUUCAUCACAGCUACGAGCAAGCAUGACGAGAGUCCGGUACACAACCAGAUCGGCGCGGCCAUUGUUGAUGCAGUAGUCCGGGCUGCAAAAGAGGGCCGAAACUUCAAAGUCAUCAUCAUCAUCCCAGCAAUCCCAGGUUUUGCUGGAGAUCUGCGCGACAACGCAGCAGCUGGUACGAGGGCCAUCAUGGACUACCAAUUCAAGAGUAUCUGUCGUGGAGACGAAAGCAUAUUCGGCCGCGUCAAGGCACAGGACGUCGAUCCCAGCCAGCACAUUUUCUUCUUCAACCUGCGUUCGUAUGAUCGUAUAAAUUACACUCCUACGCUCAAGAAGCGUGAAGAAGACUCUGGUCUGACAUACAUGGAACUCGAGCAGGCCGAGAUCGAAGAGCUGGAAGCGCCCUUAGAAGAGGAAGGGGAAGCUGCAAGAAAGAAGGCUGCAGAACUUAGGAAACGCUUUGCCGGCGACCAUGAGGACGUUGGUCUCGGAGAUCAGGCGGCGGCAUUCUAG